GUAGAAAGAGGAGAUUGGAGGAUGUGAGGGUAUGAUGGUUGGCUUUAAACCCAGCCAGAAGGACAAUUAACCGUAAGAAAAGGUUAUUCAAAGAGAAAUGAGGAUUGGCUAAGAGCCAGCGGAAAUACAAGCCUAGCUCUGAUACAAUAUAUCGAGCAGUUGAAGAGAUGUAUAUAAACUCCGCCAAGUUAAAAGGGAUGCACAAGUCAACAUAAUAGGCUCACCACAGACUUACUUCAACUCAAAAGCACUGAAGUUUAAGCCAAUCUUAGCUCCAAAGAGCCGAAAGAUAUCAGAGGAACGUAGAAGAAAAAUUAUGAAUUAAUUCCAAUCCAUAUAACGACAAUGAUAUAAAAGGAUAUCACCCACUAAAAAAGCAAAAACUUUUCAGCAUCAAACAAAUCCAACAGAAAGCCCUUUUGAAGUCAUCACUGAUGGCUUCAGAAGCCAUAUCUCAUCUUAGGAGAAACACUUACAUCAAUAAAACAAAAGCUGCAAACAGAUCUCUCUCAGAUAUAAUGGUUUCUAGAGAAGCCCCUUUGAAAGAAUGCUAUUGCCUUGUCUUAGGCUCUAAAAUAUAAACCUGACCUCAGUGCACCGAAGUGAAGAAAGAAAAAAGGGAAGCAAGAAUCCUCUUAAAAAAUCGGGAUUUGUGAGGUAUUCACAAGAGAAACCUGAGAAAAGGAGUACCCAUACUUACUAUAAUCAAGAUACUCUACAACCUCUUGGGAUCAAGCCCAAUAUUGAUGAUACAAAACCUAAGGUUGAAAGCAGAAAGUCAAACAUUAUUGACGAGGUGUUCUCUAAAGGAAUCUUUACACAAAAGGAGAGUGCCUCUUUGCACAUAACCAGCACUCAAGCUCAGAUACAUAAAACAAAGUCUUUUAAGACCAUAAAAUCUAGGCUCAAAACAGCUGCCAAGAACUAUAAGAAUUAAGGAAACAAACUACGGAUCUAAAGGCGUUUCAACUGCCUCAAUCAACAAAAGAAUGAAGGUUCUCACCAUCAAAAGGAAGGAUGUAUCCACAGGAGAUUAUGAAGAUAGUAAGCAAAUUGAGAAGGACGAAAGCAGUGACAGUGACGGGUAUACUAACCUCGCAGAUAUGUACAGCAAUGUUGUACUUAGAAAAACCUUCAAUGCAGUUAAGGAUCCACCAAAUCAAGAUUUUCAUGUUAAUAUUUCAAGUAAUAAAUCCAUCCAAGAGUCAAGUCAUGAAGAUUUUGAAGUAGCAGAGUCUUCAGAGAAGCCUAAGAUUCCAAUUCCAAGUGUUAGUCAAGAAAAUCCAGAGCUGAUAAUAAGUAGUUUGAAAAAGAAAAACUCUGUUCUAGAAAUGAACAAGCUACUGGUAAAGCAGAAGCUUUUAUCAAAUAUCCCCAUAUAACUGUUCUUGCA